CGUCGCCGCGUCGUGGCGCACGCGCCCUGCGGUCUCCCUUGACUUGUGACCCACCGGCGGCCCCCGAGCUGGUGCCCGGGUCGGGACGCGGCGUCCGUGCUCCUGGGGCGCAGCGGCCGCCAUGCCGAGGAUGCUCCCGGUGUGUCUGACCUUAGACUCCUUCACUUAUGGCUCAUUCUCAUGGCUCCACCUGCACCUUAGGACCCAGCUUAGGAGAAAUACUGUCUUCCCCCAGAACCUCUCUCCCGUUCCUUAUUAUUCCUACUGAGGCUCCCCUGUUUAUUAGUAGUGGAUCUGGGUAUCCUUGCUCUCCUGGAGAUGACUUCCCUGCUUGGACAGUGGCUGUGCAACCUGCUCUGAGAGCAGGAUUGAGUCCUGUGUGGAAUUGAUGGAACAGGCCAAGUACCUGGCCCAGAUCAUCGUGAUGGGUGUGCAGGUGGUGGGCAGAGCCUUUGCCCGGGCCCUGAGGCAGGAGUUUGCAGCAAGCCAGGCAGCGGCUGAUGCUCGGGGUCGUGCUGGGCACCAGUCUGCAGCUGCAUCCAACCUCUCUGGCCUCAGCCUUCAAGAGGCCCAGCAGAUUCUCAACAUCUCCAAGCUGAAUCCUGAGCAGGUCCAGAAGAAUUACGAACACCUAUUUAAGGUGAACGAUAAGUCCGUGGGAGGCUCUUUCUACUUGCAGUCAAAGGUUGUCCGUGCGAAGGAACGUCUAGAUGAGGAACUCCGAAUACAAGCCCAGGAAGACAGAGAGAAAGGGCAGAUGCCCAAAACGUGACUGCCGGCCACUCCCCACCCCACCCACUGCCUCAUAAUUUAUAGCUUGGUAAUAAAUGUCCUUUCCAUGUUUCUCCAGUGCACCUAC